GGAAGCGCGACGCUUUCAGUUUUAUUUGUCGGUGAACAAAUUGUCGAAUUUGAUAUUUGCGUCACGUGGUGAAUAAUUACUGGCCCGGUCGGUAAACUAAGGUAUUUAGAGUUAGUGUAUAAUCCUAGGUGUUCACCAGGGAAGUGCUCUAUAAGGAAACUUAACUGAAAUCUUACAUUUGUAAUAGAGUAAAUUAUGGCGGAACCUCCAAAGCGUGUAGCGGUUAUUGGAGCAGGAGUUGCAGGACUUAGCGCACUCAAAAAUCUACUCAAUUCAAAGAAGGAUUAUGUCCCGACAUGCUUUGAAAGAGGAAGUGACGUUGGUGGACUUUGGUUGUAUGACAAGAACACACAUAUCGAUGACAACGGAAUGCCUGUCUUCACAAGUAUCUACCGGGAUUUAAUUACCAAUAUUCCAAAACAUUUGAUGGCAUUUCCUGAUUUCCCCCAUAAACCUGGACCGUCAUUCCUUUCUAGGCCUGAAGUUUGCGAUUAUCUGCAAAGAUAUGCCGAUUUAUAUGACCUCAGAAAGUACAUCAAGAUGAACACGUUUGUUCAGGAUGUUCGCCCAAAUAGCAAAGAUUGUCAUACUAAAUGGACAUUGAGCUAUGUCGAUGUGAGGAACAAAGACGACGUCCUCACUGAAGUAUUUGAUGCCGUGAUCGUAUGUAAUGGUCAUCACGAGAAGAUGAAUUCUCCAGAAAUCGAAGGCAUUGAGGAAUUCCAAGGUGAAGUAUUCCAUAGUCACCAUUACAGGACUCCGGAGAACUUCAAGGGCAAGAAUGUUGUUGUCCUAGGGGCGUCCUUUUCUGGACAGGAUAUAGCUGUCGGGAUGUCCGCGUAUGCAAAACAGGUUUUCCUCAGCCAUCUGAAAGAUACUCUCCAAACGUCGUUGCCAGCAAAUGUCGUUCAAAAAACCGGUAUAAAAAGGAUGAAGAAAAGCAGAGUUGUGUUUCUCGAUGACACAGAGGCAGAGGUCGACGUUCUUGUGUUCUGCACUGGUUUUCUAACCAACUUCCCAUUUCUAUCCGAGGACAUCGUCCAGGUAAAUUCUGAACGUGUCACCCCAGUGUACAAGCACAUCGUACACAUUAAAUUCAACACUCUGCUGUUCGUGGGUAUCCCUCGACUACUGUCCUAUUUUCCACAAAAUUUCGAGAUAGCGAAAGUAGUAGUUGCCAUUUUGGACGGUACCGUCGCGUUACCUCCAGAGGAUCAGAUGAUAGAGGAUGCUGAAAAUGAUUUCGCUGACAGAAAACGAGAGGGACUUGAUGACACCAAAGCUCAUUUUAUGGGAGAUGGGGAUCGCCAAUGGCGCUUCAACAAGGAUAUAGCUAAAAUGGCUGGACUUGAUCCACUCCCUACGGCCUUUCAACGUCUCUGGGACUAUGUUACGAUUCAAAGAGAUACAAAGUUCCUCACUUUCCGCAAACAAAAUUUUGAAAUAACUGAUACUGAGACAUUUGUAGAAAUAAACUGACACUGACCCCGGAGACAUGGUUAUGAGUUUAACUAUUGUUCCAUGUAAAUAGGAUCGUGUUAUAAUCCGAAAUUAUAUCAUAUAACCUAAAGCAUAGACAGAGGCAUAUAGGAUAUACUUAUAUUUAUGUUGCUUAAUCUAGAAGUAAUUGUAACUGUUAUAGGUAAACACCCUAUGUGUACACUUUUGUUUCUGUAUAUGUAUUGUACAUAUUUUGUGAAACAAAAAAGAAGGCCAGGCAAGUUAGCUCUUACAGCGUCCGAAUUGGUCUGUUGAUUUGAUUUUGUUUCGGAUUCGGGCUUAAACAAACAAAAUAGAAAAAACUACAAUGUGUCAUUUCCCUUUUUACAAUAUUGUAAGUUCUCAAUAAGCAUUUAAAAUGAACGUAUGCAUUGUAUAACGACUGCCCUUCAGGUCUGCACAUGUUGAUAGGUGAUUAUCAAAAAAAUAAUUUAAAUGAUAUACAAGGAUAUUUCUUAUCAGAUGACAUAGCGUGAUGCAGAGAAACUCGUAUGCUUAAUAUAUCAUAUCAUGUUUUUGAUUUUUUUGAAGUACGUACAUUUUGUUGGAAAGGUCAACAGGAAACAUUGUGCAAAUUUUGAACAAUUAUCUUUGAUGUGGGAACGAAAUGUAAAGUAUGAACUUGCAGGUAAAUCUAAAUUGAACAGCACAGAUUAUUUAACCAUGUCUAAUUUUUGCAAUAAAAUGUAACAUUUCAAAUAUAAUUAAUUUUGUCAUUUAUUGAAUAACUCGAUUGUAAUGAUUUUACAACAAACAAUGACUUUUCCGGGCUACAUUGGGUUUGGUUUGGUUUAUUUUGUUUAACGUCCUAUUAACAGCUAAGGUCAUUUAAGGACGGCCUCCCGUGCGUGCGACAUGCAUGCGAGUGCGGA